AUUAUUACACAUAAAUUAGUUUAUGGACAUCUGUGGUUUGAUUUAUUUGUAUGUGUGCAUUGGAUGGGUUGUUACCUACAUCUGGUGUGAAUUUCAUGUUAACAUCACCUUUAGAAAUGUAUUUAUUUAGAAAAUUAGAGUUUUAAAAUAAAUUACUUCAGAGCAUUUUACUGGUAUAUUCAUGGUAGAAAUUUGUUUGAUAAAGUAAAAAUAUUUGACAUUUUAAUAACAAAUAUCUCUGCUGAAUUACAGUCAUUUCCCAGCAUUAAACUUUUAUUUUACAUUUUAUAAUCUGGAAUUCCCAACAGAUAAAAGCAUAACAAGGAUAUAAGCUUUACAGCUAAUACUCUCAGCUUUUUGGCUUCCAAAUAAAUUUAUAAUUUAAUUUACUGAAGUGUGAUUUUCAUUUUGUAGGGGUAAUCAAAUCAAACAGAACAGAAUCUUCUUAUCAUUUCCUCCUCAUCCAGCUGGGUCAUCUCCCAUCAUGCCUCAGGUGUCGUUUGCCCAUCCCUCGCUCUGUCUUAACUUCCUCCCUCUACUGCACCGCCUCCUCCCAUCCAACCCCCCUACCGUCCGAGACGUGGAUGUUCCCCCUCUGUUUCGGGAGCGCUUCAUCCUGACGGGGUACCGUCCCACGGGCAUGUCGUGGCGGUGUUACGCCCUCAGCCUGUUCCAGAUCCACAAUGAGACGCUGAAUGUGUGGAGCCACCUGCUGGCUGCCGCCUUCGUGGUGCUCAGGUUCAUGGUGUUCGCCAUCAUGCGAGGAGGGGGAAUCCUGGGUUUCCGACUGCAGGGUCCUGAAGGUGAAGGUUUUUCUGUGGAUGCCUCCUCUCUACCUCUGGUCCUCUAUGUUCUUUCUGCAGUCACAUACCUCAGCUGCAGUGCUGCCGCUCACCUGCUGCAGUCCCACUCAGAGCAGGCGCAUUACUCACUAUUCUUCCUGGACUAUGUGGGCGUGGCCGUCUAUCAGUAUGGCUGCGCUCUGGCUCUCUGCCUGUACAGCUCCAACACUGCCUGGAGACAAAGCAUGCUGGGACAGGUCUUCCUCCCAGCAGCUGCCCUCCUUGCGUGGCUCUCGUGCACCGCCUGCUGCUAUGCAAAACUUCGUUUCCGCCGUCCAUACCCCCUUCACAGGAAGCUCUGCCAGCUGAUCCCAAUGGGUGUGGCCUACCUAGUGGACAUCAGCCCUGUUGCCCACCGUCUUGCCACCCACAGCUGGACAGGCAGCCCUGCACUACCAUUGCACUUCUUGCAGGUGGUGCUGUUUAUGCUGUCCGCCUUCUUCUUCUCUUGCCCCGUUCCUGAGCGCUUCUACCCCGGCCGCUUUGACAUCGUCGGCCACGGACACCAGCUCUUCCACAUCUUGCUGUCACUCUGCACACUGGCCCAGCAGGAAGCGCUGUUCCACGACUUCCUAUGGCGGCGGCCGGCGAUGGUCAGAGAGUUUGGAGAGGAGCGCCUCCUGCUGGCUUGCGCCUCCUUUCCCUGCCUGACGUUGUGUUGCGCCUUGACAGCCCUCGCCAUGAGGAGGCAGGCUCAGGCACAGCUGAUGAAAGAGCAACGAUAGAAGAGGAAAAAGUUUGUGUACAGGAAGUCUCUUCUUCUUCUGAGGGACUGACUCUGCAGUGGAAGCAUUUCUUUACUUUUGUUGGUUUGGGUUGUUUGUUAGCAUCAGAUGAUAGUGAUGCAGACCAUCAUAUUCCUACACCGAACUUCUGGUUCUUCUGGUUUCUCUUUUUUACAUUUUACUAAACAACGACUAAAAUCAAGUGACCAUUUAAC